AAAGUGGAAACCAACAUAUACCAAGAUAUUUUGCAAGAAGUAGCAACUUCUUUGCUACAAACGUAUUUCUGCUUCUCUUCUACCUCUCUUUAUGAACAUGGAGGAAAUAUGUGGAAAAAAACCUGGUACUACUAUUUAUGUAUACAAUGAUUACACAUACAACAAAGAUUCUCGUAAUCCAAAUAUUCUACGAUGUAAUACUCGUCGAUCUUCAAAAUGUUCUGGCACUCUUAAAAUUGAUAAUAAUGGUGAAGUACGUUUAGUCCAAGAUCAUACUCAUAUUCAAACAAAAUGGAAAGUAACACAAUUUACAAUGAAGCAAGAAAUGUUGCAACUUUGUCGAGAUACAGCUUCACCAUUGAAAGAAAUAUUUGAUAAUGUCUGCAGAAAAUAUCCUGAAAUAGCUGCAACAUUAUCGUAUACAACAUUAAAACCUACAUUGUACCGUGAAAGAAUCAAACUUCGCCCAAGUUUACCAAAAGAUAUGGAGACUCUUAUUGCAAAUGUAUCAACAUAUGAACCUCUUGAAAGAUUUUACAAAGGAAAUGUGACCUGUAGAGAUGGGAAAAAAGCAUUAAUAUUUUCAAGUAAUGAGCUGUUACAAGAAUUACAAACAUCAACAGAACUUUACGUGGAUGGCACUUUUAAUAUUGUUUCACGUGUACCAAUGAUGAGCCAAAUGUAUACACUACAUAUCCGACAUAUGAAUGUAGCAAAUACUUUUCAAUAAAUAAAGACAAAAAGCAUGGAAAAGGUAUUGCUACAAUCUUUAUUUUGAGUGAAAGUCGUUCUAGUAAUAUGUAUAGAGCGAUUUGGAAUAAA